UCCUGUUUACAUGAGGUCAGACUGAAAUAUCUGUCAUUGUAGAAAUAUAUGUGUUUUACCUGAGGAUGGUUGUAUUUCUCUUCGUGCAUCCUGUGGUGUUCAAAGCAAAGAGUGACGCAAUCAAAAAGCACCCGCGUUAGGAACAUUAGCCAGCGGUAGCUAUGCUAGUGUCGUAGCUACUCUGAAAAACAAACAAAACAAAAAAACAAAACAAGAACUAAUAUUCAAGUUUUCCAUAACAACCUAGCUACAUAAGUUUCUGUUGUAUUUAUCCAGAUACCAGCAGUUUAAAUGUGUAUGGAAAUGUUGGUAAUAGUGACUGGAAGACGUUAGUUAGCCAACAAGCUAACAUGAUUGCAGUGACUAACUUCAACUAAGUUACCGGGCUGCUAGUUGAAGUAAAUGUCCAUGAUGGAGGAUAACUCGUCUUGCUCUUCGGUGGCUACUGGUCCUCCUCAGGCGUCUUUCCUUCAGAGGACGCUGCAGCAGUUGUCCUCCACGCAGUGCCUGAAGCUGAGAGCUGAGGAUGCUCCUCCUGUCGCUGUAGUCGCUCUUCAGAGGUACUUAAGUGAGCCAGCUGAGGGUGAGCAGCAGCCCGACAGCUACAGCUACGAUGUGACGGUCACCGACGGAGUCUGGAGAGCCAAAUGCUUUGUUCACUCCAGUUUAAAUCAACUUGUGCACACAAACACCCUGAAGACAGGGACUGACAUCAGCAUCACGCAGUGCUCUUAUGUUUACAAUGAGAAGAGACUGGGCCACGGUUACAUGUGCAUUGAGAAGCUCAGCUCUGAUGCAGGGAGCUCUGAAGUCCUGCCCCGGGUGAAGGAUGUGAGUGCUCUGCCCUUGCUGGUCAAGCAGGGCAUGGAGAGGAGCGUGGUGCUGCAGAGUGAUGUGCCUCUUCAAGUGAGCCGCAAACAUUACCUGUCUCUGUGGAACAACGACGAUCCAGAGGGAGACAUGUGGACCUCAGGAUCCCCCUCAUCUGUCACAGUGCUGGACGUGUCCAAGAUCACUCUUCUUAGUAGUCUGGAGUCAUCCUUUAGAAACACAAUGAGAUCUUUCCCUCUUCCUCUCCUUGUGAAGAUAAUUCACAAAUCCAGAUUACGGUACUAUGGGAAAUUUGGACUCAAUAUUGAUUACCCCUACCAGGCGUACUUUGAAGUCGCCGAUCAAAGCGGUACAAUGUCCCUCGUGCUUUGGAACGAACUUUGUCCAGAGUUUUACCAGAGACUAAAUGUUGGCACUGUGUUGUACCUCCAAAAUUACGCCCUGAAACCGAGUUAUUCACACCGCUCACGCCCGCAAAUGGACCAUUACAGGAUGAAGAGCUUUAACUCUGUUGAAAUCUGCCUGAACCUUCGCAACCCAGUGUCAGUCAUCACUGUAGUCUCACCAAAGAGUGUACUGCCGCAGUGGGGAUUACCUGAGCUUUCCUACCAGUUCACCAACAGGUCAGAGUUGGACAAAUUAUCCAACAAUGUUGCAUGUGACAUCAUUGGUUUGGUAACAUUUGUCGGUCGUGUUGAACGAGUAAAGAGUAAAAGCAACAAGGGUCCAGAGAAGUUCUGGACGUACCGCUGGGUCCACGCUGUGGACGGAUCCACUGACCAGCCUUUUAUCCUGGAGGUUUUUUCUUCUUCUCAGCCUGAAAUCUUCAGUCAUAUUUGCCCCAUGACCUACCUGGUGUGCACUCACAUGAGGGUGUGUCAGGUGGAAGGCUCAUCGCCCUACCUCACAAGCAGCUGUGAGACAGAGAUGUUCAUCACAGGGUAUCACAAAGGUCAGCCAUAUGUGAAUGACCCCACAGUGAAGAGCUUCAUCCAGUGGACCAAGACUCUGAAGGACAACAUCAUCCUCCAGAGGACCGCUGUUGGUGGCCAUUAUUGUUAUCCUCAUGCCCCGAAGACAUUCACCCAGUCAAUGAUAGACGCCUCAGGACAAGCUCCUCUGGUUGCUGCAGCUGACUUGAAGAGGGAGUUGGAGACCCUUCAAUACAGGGAACAUAUAAAACUUGCAAUUCAAGGACAGAUCACAGCAGUGCGAUACAUGAACAGCCCAAAGAGCACAGAGUCACAAGGCCCAGAGGGGAAACAGAUACCAGAUGUUUCUACUGAUGCGUGUGAACAAGCUGUGCUAGACACACACAACAAUCCUACCACUGCUGAGGCCAGUUUAACAUCUCCAUCUUCUGAGGACAUCUCACCAAACAAAAGGAAAAGAAGAAUGAGAAAAGCCAAGCAGUCCUCCUCGAGUCAUGGUAGCAUGCCAAAAAAAAGGAGGUCUGGACAUGAAAAUACAGAGGGAGGACGAGGGCAGGAAGAAGAACAGCAGGACUCAGAAUCAGAGGCAAUGCAGGAUGUCGAAUAUGGCUUAAAACCGCAAAAUCAAGACUCUGACGUAUUAUCCUGGGAAAGCAGCAGCUGGCUGAAGCAACGACAAGAAAUGUCUGAGCAUUUGUGUCGAGGCGGUCUGUACCAGGACAGCAUCUCUCGGAGGUUCACGUUUGAUGAAAAGAACGUACUCCUGCAGUGGAGUAACCUUCAGGCCUUGCGGUGGACACCAGAGCAAAGUGCUGACCCCACCCCACCCGUGGGUUGUCCAGGCUACUACCUGAUAACAAUAUUAGGCAUAAACAAGCAGAUAGCCGUUGAUGCUGCGUAUUUUCCUGUUGUGCGCUCCAACGAGCCCAGGGCUGUAGGUCUUCCUCAGGAUCCCCAUGGCAACACGAUGAUGUCCUGCCUGUCGUCAGGAUUCCUCUGCCCUCUCAGUGAUGCUGCCAACCACAGUGACAUAACACUUCCUGAGCCAGAGGAGAUUUUGGUGACUGCCAGUGAGCUGGAGGAUACACAUGUGGUGUGCGUCUUGGACCUUUGUCACCUGGGUGGAGAUAAGGUGGAAGUCCUGAUCAACAAGGUGUACAGAGUGACGGAGGUUUCCAUUAACUAGGAUUUAGAAAAACACGGUCAGCUCUGUGAGAGUAUCUUGUAAUUAUUAUCAGCAGGCAUUAAUCAUGUAAUUUAAAAUGAUUUUGGAUAGAAACAGUAACCUUUAAAAUCUGUUUGUAAAUUUCAUUACCUGUUAUACAUGUACAGUAAAUGUGAUGCUAUACUUUUUAAUUGUGCUUUAAUAUUUUGAAUCUACUGAAAUAGUGAAAUAUAUAAAAUGGCAUAUUUUAUUACCAUCAGAAUCAAACUGUGUGUUUACUGUGACUGCCAGAUGUGACGCAGGCUACAAAUAAGGUGUCAGUUUACUGCAAGCUGCAAGUUUAAACUCCUCCAAACAGGAAAUCUGCUUUGGAUGGUGGAUGUAUCAAAUGAAUCAUUGAAAAUCAAAUCAAAUAGGUGUGAGAAUGGGUCUUCUGUGUCCUCAUUAACACAGUGAUGUCAUACCCAAAACCCGAUCAUUAUCCC